UGCUAUUUCGUCUCGUGGCAUGCCUCGUGGUUUGUGUUGUUGCCGGUUGUGUUUGGGGGCGUUGGUGCUUUUGUUUUGGGUUAUCCGAUUUUGUUCUUCUGAAUCGAAGGAAUUCACCAAACAAAUUAUUAAAGGAUCUUCUCAAGACGUGCUGCGCCUGGACGCGCCCGCGCUGGAGCCGCAGCCGACCUGCCGAGUGCCGCUGGAGCUCGGUGACGAGCCGGAGCCGCAGCGUGACCUGUGCCUCUCCGGACGGAGCGAGAUGGCGUCCGGCCAGGCGCAGGACGCGGCAGAGAGCCAGCCGCUGCUGGGCGCCGCAAUCACCAGCGACAUGGACCUGACGGACAUGUCCUUCAACGACUUCUUCAGCUUCACAGACGAUGUGGGCGAGACCCUGGACCGCGAGAUGCACCACUCUCUGUUCGGAGACAGCGGCCUGGGCAUGGACCUGGGCUCGCUGAUGACGGGUCCGCCGGCGGACGACCCGCUGCUACCCGACAUUGCCGCCCAGCUGUUUGACGAGGUGGCCUCCGCCACCACCGCCCCCGCCCAGACUCCGGCGCCGCCGCCGUCGCCGAUGCCGGAAGGCGGCAUCACUGCUCAGUCGCGUGAGGACCUGUUGGCGUUUUUUGAAGAGCAGCUGGAGCCAGCUGGUGAGAGUCACAGCUGCCCGGUCAGCCCUGCUCCGGUGGUGGUGAAACAGGAGCCGCAGCUGCCGCCGCCGCCCCCGCCUCCGCCACGGACCAUGCAGACGGUGCGCGCUGGCCAGUCGCUGCUGAAGCCGAGUGUGACGGCGGGGCUGCGGCUGAAGGCUCAGGAGGGCCGCCGCGUGCUGGCGUCGGCUCCCGUCAGCCGCCGCGUCACGCCGUCCGGCUCCCGGCCGGCCACUCCGUCUGCGGCCGCUGAGGCUCCACAGGCCGCCGGACGCGACGGAGGAUCACUGCGAGCCCUGAUCGUGUCACUGAAGAAACGUGCCACGGAGGAGACGGACCCGAAACUGAAACGACUGCUGCUGAAUGAGGCCCGCCAGGCCCGCAGCCGGCUGAAGACCACUGCCCGACGUGCCAAGAAAAUCAGCGAACAGUACACUGGGGGACCGACGCCUACCGCCACACCGCCGCCGGCAACGGCCGCUUCACCGUCUGCCGAGCCUCCGCCCCCGCCGCCCCCGCCACCUCUGGUGCCCGAGGAAGCCCCGCAGACUCCAGAACUCCCCGCAACGGCAUCGGUCUCCUCCACCGAGUGUGGCUCGUCGUCUAUCAGCGUGGGCAGCGCCGGCAGCACCUGCAGCGAGACUGAGAGCAUCGGCUCCACGGAGGCAGUGUCUCAGCUACGCACGCAAUGCGAGCUGCUGGUCAAACACGUGCGCCGCACGUCGCAGUCGGGCGCCGGCGACGGCCCGCUGCCGCCCAUUCAGGAGGCGUCGGCUGACUCGUCGGACCGCUCAGUGACAUCGGAACCACCGUCUCAGACGAGCUCUCCGUUGCGUCAGGCGCUGUGGGACCACAGCUACUGCUCGCGGGGCAGCUCAGGCGCCUCCUCCCCUGUACCGGGCGGUGAGGGCGACACGCUGCGCAAGGUGCCCGACUACCUGGACCGGCCGGUGGCCCCGCGCUCUCCGCUGCUCGAGAAGGUGCCGCCGUACGUGCGUGGCGUGCCGUCCGGAGACGGAAGACAACCCUCCAGGAAGAAACUGAGCCUGACCGAGUACCGUCAGCGCAGGAGCGCCCUGAGCAGCCGCUGUGCCUCUCCGGCCGCCAGGUCCCCGCCGCAGUCGGCGGUCGUCCCUGCGGUUGAGGUGCCCGUGUCAACUCCAAUGUCAACUCCAACUCCAGUGCCGAAACCGGUGCCGGCCCCUGUAGUGGCUCCCGUACCGGUGCCUGCGUCUAUGCCAAUGUUGACGUUUGAGCCGGCUCCGGCGCCUGUCCCCGCGCCUGUCCCGGCCCCUGUUGUGGCACCAGUGUCCACCCCAGUGCGGGCACCACUGCCAGUGCCACCACCAGCCCGUCCCGUCAAGCAAGAGACAAUCGAACGCCGUCCACCUCCACCCAGCGAGCUGCCCACGCGGCCACCGCCGCCACCGCCUACACUUCCCCCUCCGCCGCCGGCUGCGGUACCACCGCCGCCGCCGGCUGCCGUACCACCGCCGCCGCCGCGGGCUGCGGUACCACCGCCGCCGCCGGCUGCCGUACCGCCGCCGCCGCCGCCUCCGCAGCAGCACGAGGUGGCGAGAACACGCCACAGCAGUCCACCGCGCGGCUACCGCCUGGAUACCCCAGCCGAGUCGCCGCGACGCAGCCGGGAUAGGGACAGGUCGAGUUCGCGGCGGCGCCACACGAGCGGCUCGGACCGCAGCGUCGCCUCGUCGACCUCGUCCGACUCGUCGAGCUCGGCCAGCAGCAGCCGCAGCAGCUCCGAGAGCCGGUGUCGCAGUCCCGACGACCCGCUGCGCUACAACCCGGCCGACUUCGAGCCUAGGCCGGAGCGGCGGCGUCGUCCGUCAACACGCAGUCGCAGCCGCUCGCCGCUGCGCCGCUCACAGAGUCGGUCUCGCGGCUGGCGGCCGGAGAGCGGCGGCGGCGACUGGCGCUCCCAGCGGCGCUACGAGCGGGAACAGCGCGAGCGCGAGCGGCGCCGGAGGGAAGAGGAGCGCAGGGAGGAGCGGCGCAGACAGGAGGAGAUCGCCAACCAACAGGACGCCAUCGGCAGACGGGUGGUCUACAUCAACGGUCUGUCGCCCGGUGUGACGAGAGAGGAGCUGCGCAGGAUGUUUGGCGGCUACGGCCCCAUCACCAAGAUCAGAAUCAAGGAGCGCGAUCCCGCCACCGAUCUGUACCGUGAGCAGCGCGACGGCUGUUAUGCGUUUGUCUCGUACGAGACGCACAAGGCGGCGGUGACGGCGCAGGCGCAGGGCAGCCAGCGCUACCCCCAUCUGGAGGUGAAGUUCGGAGGGCGCCGAGAGUUCUGUCUGGACCAGUACGCCGACCAAGACGCCGACCUGAACAACCCCGCCUACUACGGCAUAAAGGGCGGUGGGUCGCAGCGCGGCGGCGGUCUCGACUUCGACACCCUCCUUCGCAUGGAGAUGCAACGGGUCAAGAAGACGGCGCAGUCGGGCAAGAUGGCCUGACAGCCAGCGCGCCGCGCCGCGCGUUCAGUGUUAGCUAGCUCAGUGUGUAGUGCCAUGUGUGUGAGGGACUGAGAGAGCGGGAGACGGGACAGACUGCAGGGACGUCCUCUCUGUGAUAGCACGGUGCCGCGCGGCGCUGGUCGGCCGGACCGUGCGCGCGCGCGGCCGCAUUUUGUACUGUAUUUGUGGGCGCGGGUUGAGACAGCAGCGUUGGAUGGAGCGGUGGUGUGCUGUGUGUGGGAGAGGGUUGUUGGGCGCGGCGGCGCGGGGGCGGCUCGUCCCACCCCCAGCCGUCCGCCAGUGUGUGUCUGUUUGAGGGUAGCGAGCUCAGGGCAUCUCCAUUGUCUGUGUCGGCGGGCGGCCUCGGCUGUAAGCCCGCCGACCUCGGUCGGUCGGUACUCCAGCGGACCUGUGACACGAGACAGGGCGGCAAUACACGACUGGGACUGGCA